AUGGGGCUGGACUCGGAUAGUGAUGAUGAGCAAGUGAUAGUUUCGUCAAAAGAAAGCAGAAGACAGAAGAAGCGGAUCGACCUAGAUGAUUUGGGUGAGGAAGGAGAUGGCGGUGAGAAUGCUGGAGUAGUGAACAAUGGUUCGAAGCAAAGUGGUGAUAGAAGGAUCCGUCGUUCCAGGGAGCAGGGAAAAAGGAAGAAAUUGUCUAACAAGAAUUUACAAGGUGCCAACGGUGGUUACGCAUGGGAGGAUGAGAUUAAGAGAAGUUGGGAUCUGGUGAAAGUAGACGAAGAUGGAGAUAUGAGCUCGCUUGCGGCAAGUAUUAUCGAAUCGAGGAAAAAGAGAAGCGCUUUAAAGAAUAUCACGCCCUACCAAAGAGGUAUCAUCAGGACCUUGGUACUGGUGCUGGACUGUAGUGAGGCAAUGGCAGAGAAGGAUCUGAGGCCGAAUCGGCAUGUCAUGAUAGUACAGUAUGCGAUUGAUUUUGUUCAUGAAUUUUUCGAUCAGAAUCCCAUCUCACAGUUGGGGAUUGUCACGAUGCGCAAUGGGCUGGCACAGAUGAUUAGUCAGAUAAGUGGCAACCCGCAAGAUCAUAUCGAUGCUUUGAAACAGAUCAGAAAACAAGAACCGAAAGGCAAUCCGUCUCUCCAGAACGCCCUUGAGAUGUCCAGGGGACUUCUUCUACCGGUGCCGGCUCAUUGCACCAAAGAGGUGUUAAUCAUUUUCGGAUCACUUUCCAGUACUGAUCCCGGCGAUAUACAUCAAACUAUCGCUUCGUUGGUACAAGAAUCAAUCCGUGUUAAAGUCAUUGGUCUGUCAGCUCAAGUGGCCAUAUGUAAAGAACUUUGCAAAGCGACAAAUUAUGGCGACGAAAGUUUUUACAAGGUUCCGCUGGAUGAAACCCACUGUAAAGAACUUUUCGAAGAAGCAGUUGUACCGCUGCCUGUGAAUAAGAUAAACAGGGGUUUCACUCUUGUAAGAAUGGGUUUCCCGACGAGAAUUUUUGAGGACUCCCCGACAUUUUGUGCUUGCCAUUCACAAUUGAUGUAUGGCGGAUAUUUUUGCCCCAAUUGCCAAAGCAAGGUUUGCUCUCUACCGACAGUUUGUCCCUGCUGCGACUUGAUGCUCAUACUCUCCACUCACUUGGCUAGGUCGUACCACCAUUUAAUGCCCUUAAAGACAUUUUCAGAAGUUCCAUCGACGGAGAACUUCCCUACAGACAACUGCUUUAGCUGUCAGAUAAGAUUUCCCACAAUAAAAAAUAAUAAGACCGGUGAGUUAUUAACAAGUUCCAGAUACAGGUGCGAGAAUUGUAAACAGGACUUUUGCAUAGACUGCGACGUAUACAUCCAUGAAAUUCUUCAUAACUGUCCCGGUUGCGAAUCGCAACCGGUGAUAAUGUAG